AUUCAAAGAAGACAACUUUUAUCGUCAUCAAUUUUGCAUUACUUUUCUACGUCGUUAAAUGGUGGGAAAAAAUAACAAAUACAUUUUUUAAUUAGUAGAAAUAUGCAAUUUAACCACAAUAAAUUAUAAUCAAAUAAAUUACAAAACAAACAAAAGUUAUUUACGAUUUUCGAAAAGAAUAUUUAUGAUAUAGUGCAAAAAGAAAAUGUAAUAAAUAAAAAUUGUUUAUCUAUUGAAAAAGAUGAAAAAGUCAAUAAAAUAAAAACAAUUGAAGAGUACACCUAUAGCGGCACUCUUCGCACUUGUGUAAUGAGUUAAUCGUGUGCAAGUGAAAUAACCAGUGAGUGCGGGAGUACAGAAAAACUGGAAGAAGAAAAAAAUUUCUUUAGUGGCGUCCACUAACAAAUCAACGUUAAGAAAGUCAAAAAGCAAAAAAUAUCCUUAGAAGAUAAGAAAAUUUAAAAAAUUAGUGCACAAAAAUAUAAUUAAAUCGAAUUGGAAAAAAAUUAUAACAUUAUAAACGAUCUACAAUGGAUGUAUGAAUACACGAAUUAAAUAAAAAAAUAACUGUACUUGUAGUGUAAAGACAAGAAUUAAGAAAAAAUAAUAAAAAUAGACCAAAAAACCGCUAAACGUAAUAAUAUAAAAACGAAGCAACAACAAUACGUAUAGAAAAAUACAACAACUAAAAAUAAACUUCAUUCAGUUGAUGGACGACAGGAUAUAACAAGCUUUUACUACUAUACUGAACUGUGGUGUGUGUUUAAAUUGCGAACGUCUUUACGUUUGUAUUGUACUCUUCUGCUGAUCCAUGGAUUCUAAUGAAAAUUCUUCGGAUAAGGAAGACUCUUGUGGCUUAGGAAUGGAUGUGAAUACAAACGAAUCUCGGUUUAGUGAUAACAACCGUAAAGUGGGUGGCGGAGAAGUUGGCUCUAACAUGAAAUUACAAAUAAAUCAAGUGCCUGCAGUGAAUGACGAUGAAGAUGAAGACGGACAUACAGGCGAGGAGGAUGGAGAGGAAGAUGAUGAUUCUUUAGACAAUGAUGAGGGCGAUAUCGAGAUGAAAAUGUUAACAACUCCAGAAGUCAAUAAGAAUGCAGGCAUUCUACAAAGAGAAACAAGAAACCAUGCCACCCUUAACAAAUUCGCCACAGAUGAUAGCCACAAUUCAGCAAAGGCUAAAGCGACACAUUCUAGUAACGAAAUACCCUCCUCAAUACAAUCACCACCCAGUUUAACCUGUGACAUUGAUGAUAAGACACAAUCAUCGUGCAUAUCUUCUCCCCAUGCUUCCACACCCGGCUCCACACCUCCCUCAGCGACAGUUGUUACCACAGCCAUUGGUCACGAUCGCUCCACAGCAAACUCGUCUGCUAACACACCGCCCACAGAUACCAGUACGCCCAAACAUUCUCCAGAAUCUGUACCCCAAAGUCCAUCUUCACACAAUGCGCCAUCGUCUUUGGGUAAUAAUUGUAUUCAGCAGCCCAUUAAUGUGGUACGUAAUGGAACAAUACCGAAUGCAGGAAAACCAUUGCUGUCAACCAUGAGUAAAAAAUUGGAAAGAUCUGCAAAAACAACACGUACACGAAAACCAAGGUCAUCAGUGGCCAUGUACGAAAGUGAGAUAAGCGAAAAUAAGAUUGGAAUUAAAUUGUGCAUAAAAAAGUCAGAUAGUUCACUUAAUACGACAGCAGCGGCCAUGGCAGCCGUAGCCAGGGGUCUUAAUAAAUCGGGCACAUCAGCGGUAAGAAGUCGCAAAAGUUCAAGAACUGUUAAACAGCGUGUCAAACUAGAUGAAGAUGAAACCGAUGAAAUGGAUUAUGAACCUAAACGCAAAAAGGAACGAAAUACAAAAAGACAAACACCCUCAGCUACGGCCGUGACAACAAAUGACAAUGAUGAACCCAGAGAAGCAAUAGAACAGACCAUAUGGGGAUCACAAUUACCAGAACCAGUACUUUUCAAGAUUUUUCAACAUGUUGUGGAUAAAGAAGGUUGCCUUCCAACACUAUUUCGUUUGGGUAGGGUAUGCUCGCUGUGGCGUCGUGUUUCUUUGUCGCCCACCUUGUGGCGUACCAUGGAUUUGAGUACUUGGAUAAAGGAAAAAUAUCGUACAGAGCUUAAGUUAAAAUGGUUUGUGGACUUUCGCUGUAGUUGCUGUACCGAAUUAAAUGUUUCAAAUUGGAAGGUUUCUGAUAUCAAUUGUUUUUUGUUAAAACUAUCGGCAGGUGCACCAAAUUUAACCAGCAUCACAUUGUCGGGUUGGAAAGGUUUCACUUAUGAUCAUUUGGCGUAUCUGGUCGAAAAUAUGAAAAAACUCGAGCGUUUAGAUUUAAGUUCCGUAAACGUUGAAAUGAAUGCUAGUAAAAGUGCUGUGGGAGCACAAUCACUGUGCAAUGCUAUGCAAGUUAUGGGUGAACGUUUAACGCAUCUUUAUUUGGCGCACAAUCGUUUAGCUGGCAUACCACAAUUAGUCAAUGUUUUAUCGACUCAUUGCCCAAAUUUAGUACUUUUAGACUUAUCAAAUGUUACAACUCAAGCCACUUCUCAUGGCAUUUUACAUAUAGAAAAAUUACAGCAAGGCUGUCCAAAACUAAAAGUUUUGCGUAUAACAAAUUCUCAUAUAACCCUAAGUACAGCAGCGUUACAAGAAAUGAUGGAUUCACCUGGUUUCCCAGAAUUGGAAGAACUUUCCGUGGCUGUUACCGAUGAAUCGCGUGUUAUUGGCGAUGAACAUAUUCAACGUAUUUUGAAAUCAUCUUCGAAAUUAAAGUUAUUGGAUGUUCGUGGAUGCGCUCGUUUGACCCAUGAAAGUCUUAUACGUUUGCCUGCGUGGGAUAUCAAACAUUUAUUUUUAUCUGGCUGUUCAGUUACCAGAGAUAUGGGAUCUGGUCUUGAAUUAAUUGCUUCAAAGUGGGCUCAUAGUCUAAUUGAAUUGGAUCUCGCUUGGGCAAAUGUGCAACAUCCAUUGGAUAAUGCCCUACGUGCCUUGGCCGAUAAAGGCGCUGAGUCACGUUUAGCUCAUCUAAAUUUAUGUGGUUCGUCCGUGUCCGAAGACGCCGUUAAGGAGAUUUUAGCCAAUUGCCCUCUAAUGAGCACAAUUAAUUUGGCAUCUUGUCGUGGUUUGCCACGCGGCGUUAAACGUCAAAUGCAAGGACCCCAAGAACUUAAAGAAUUGCGAGAUGUUUUAAAAGUUCAAUUAAAAGUCAAAUUACCAGAAACUGUAACAGCAUCAACAACAACAACACAAACAGCAGCUCAAAAUAAAGCUACGUCGUCAUCUUCAACUGGACCAACAACAACGAGUGCAAAUACAAACGAUGGUGGUGGUGGAGGUGGUGGCGUUAGUCUAUAGUGUUUAUAUUAAAAAAAAAUAUUUACAUAAUUCAAAUGUAUUCUUUUUAUUUGUCCAAAUUAUUUUUAUUUUUGUUUCUCUUCUACACAGUAGCUAUAUUUGUAAUAGCUCUUUCUUUCCAUUCUCUCUUCCAUUACAAUUUCCAAAAUUUUAUAAAUACAUAUUUGUAUACAAAAAAGCUAUGUUUGUAUUAGCGUCCUUGUUUUUAGAUGGCUUUAAACAAAUUAAAAUUUUUCAAAAUUUUAUUUUUACUUUUUAAUAUUUUUUUUUUUAUUUGUUGAAUAUAUACAUAUGAUUAUUUUUUUUUUUGUUUAUUUUAAUAAAACCCUUUUUUUGUGUUGUAAUUUGUAUAUUAACAAUUUUAUUAAUACCAACAUAUACAUAUAUAAUACAUACACACACUUCUUCCCCUUAUCCACUCCAAAUAAUACAAGAUGAAACAAUUAAUAGUAAACCAACCUGUUUAUAGCAAUAUUUUAAAUUUGAAAAAUUUAAAAUUUACAACUACAACAUUUUAAUAAAUACCACAACAACAACAAAACAAAAUCUUAUCUAAGAUAAUUAAUAUUUAAACUUUAAGCAAAAUUAUACGUAUUUUCUUUCUAUUUAGUUUAUCAUAUGUGCAAACGGUUUUUAUCUACAUAUAUUUUCUUUUUAAUUUUAAUUAAUUAAAAAAAUAAAAUAAACUCUUUUCACAGUCUUUAACUAACGUAAAAAACAAAAAAACAUACAUGAAAAUAAAAACAAUGUAAUUUAUAAGAAAAUUAUAUUUUGUUGCAUUAAAAAAUCGAAAAAAAAAUAA